CUGUACUCUAUACAAUCAGGGGCGUAUAGUUAAUUGCAUUUGUAUGCGUGUCAGGGACACUCCCUUCUUCGCGAUUUAAUUACAAAUAUGGCCCUUUUAUAAUAUUUUAAUUGUAUAGAAAAUGAGGUGUACCCAUAAAAUGUACUAAAUAUGCCGUCCGAAAUAGAAAAUAAUACAAAAACUAUAAAUAUGAGUCCUGAUCAAACAGGUGGCUCUGAAAAUAAUAAAAAAGCUACAGGUUGGGUAAAAUUUGAGGAAGAUGGACAAGUGGAAUCAUCUUCAACAGCGGCUGUGAUUAAUACAGAAAGUGUGCAAGUGAAUUUAGAUGGUCGUAGUGUAAAUCAAGCAAAAUCACCAGCUAAAAAGAACGAUAUUGCCGUUGACACUGGCCCUUCAACAUUACGUACAAUUGAAUUAGGAAACAAUGAAGUUGUUCGACAAGGUUUUAUAAAUGGAGAUGUCGUAGUAACAUUAUUACCAGUAAAUACACGAUGGCCAUGGAUAACUCCUGCUCAAUUUCGACCAGAAUUAGUGCCAGAAGAACUAAUGGCACAAGGCCUCACGUUGACUGUUGAAGAAUAUGUCCAAGCAAUGGAAUUGCUUGUAAAUGAUGUCCGCUUUACAAUGUAUAACAUUUGUUACAAGCGUGUAUUAGUCGUUUGGAUAGUACUUGCAUUCAGUGUAUUGCUCGGUUUAUUAUUUUCUGGUUUAACUGGUCUAAUUAUGUUUUCGCUUGGCGUUGCUUGGCUCGUAUUAAAUGCAUCUGCCAUAUUUUUAUGCAUGUGGGUAAAAAUAGUUUUAUCAAAAGGUCUUGAACGUUGUUUAGCACAUGUGAAUAAACAAUUGUUACGACAUAAAUUGAUAAUUGCAUUGGAUGAUCGUGGUAAAAUAUCGUGCCAUAAAGUGAAUCUAUGUUUCCUGUACUUGGAUCCAGGACCAUGUAUUGCACAUUUACAAUCGAUUGUUGAACAACAAGAGCGUGAACCAAAUAAUGGUGGCUGGGAACAACGUAUGGAUAUAUCUGCAAGUGAUAUUGUUAUACAAGGCGCUCAAACAACAAGAUUGUCACGGAAGCAGGGUCGGGCUGAACAAUUAUUUUUACGAUAUCUUCAACGUUGGGGCAAGGAUUACUUACGACGAAGAUUAGAUUGGACAUUAGAUGAAGCUGAUGGAAAUCCACCGGCUCCUCGACAUUUAUCUCGAGCAUUGUGUCCCUGCCAAUACGCAGAGGGUAUAUUACUCAGUAAACCAAAAUCAGAUACACGAAAGGGCAACGCUACUCCAUCUACGAUACGCAGCACGGUGGGGCAAGAGAGCUGUACGUGGUUUAAUUACCUUUCCUUCAAAACCGGCACGACAUUGCCCUAAAAUACAAUGUCCAUGUCAAUUUGUUGAAGAACAUCUACAUUAUAAACCAAAAGGCAAGUUAACUUUUGCCAAACUAUGCUCUUUACCUGAUCAAUCUUAAUGUGUCUUCAUUACUUACAACUAUUCUUCUUCUGGGCGCAUAUUAUUUGGUUGUGGUAUUUUCAAAAUUUUAAUUUUAUAAACAUCAAAUUGAUCAAUAUUAUUUAUAAAUAAUUAUUAUGCAUCAUCAUUAGUUUGUCUUAGAGCUUCUUUCGAUACACGAUACAAUCACAAAUUUAAGUUAAACCAUAGCAUAUUUUAAUGAACUAAAUUUAUAUUUAUAUAUCGGACAAAAUAAGAGUUUCACGUGGAGCUACUAAAGUACUAAAAUUUCUUUAAUAAAGCGGAAGAUACAAUUGUAAUUAAACUAAUAAAAAUUUGUGAGCUAAAUGGUGAUCACUGAAUACGCUAAGAAAUUAUCGGCCAGGAGACAAUUCGCGUUUUUUAUAUAAAAUUAUUUAUUCCACUAUAUUGCGGAGUAAAAUAUUACAAUAUCCAACUGUAAUUUCAGUGAUACCCUGAAAUAAUACACAACAAAAUGAUCGCUUAUAGUCGCCAUAUUUUUUUGUUGAUGUUAUUAAAAAGCUUUUUCGUGUUUGGAAAGCUCAUUGGUCAUAGUUUCUGUGAUGAUUAUUUUUUAUUUUUAAGUUUUUUCGAAAUAUUAGAAAG